UAACAACAAAAUUCUUUUUAAGGAUGUAUCAAUUUUAUGUUCGACCUUAGCAAGCUGCACCUUUCUCUCAAAUUUAAUGCUCAAUUUAUGCAAAAAUAAGAUUGGAGCAACAGGUGCAUCAAAAAUAUUUUCUGCUUUAAAAAAUUGCAAAUAGCUCUCGAUUUUAAAUCUAGAUCUAAGUUACAAUUAAAUUGGUACACAAAAUACAUUUGGUCUAGGCUCUGAAUUAGCAGACUGCUAGAAUCUCUAAAAUUUGACUCUGAAUUUUGACUACAAUUAAAUUGAUACAUUAGCUGCAAAAGAUUUAGUUUUAACUUUAGCAAGUUGUCCUAAUAUCUCAAUUUUGAUGCUGAAACUUUAUGACAAUUUAAUAGAUGAAUAGGGUGGAUUAGCUUUAGGUUCUGCUUUAAGUAAUUUCAAAAACCUUUCAAACUUGACUCUAGACCUUAGUUAUAAUAGAAUUGGUGAAUUUGGUGCAUAAUAUUUAGGUUAAGCUUUUAUAAAUUGUGCUAGCCUUUAAAAUUUGGCUCUAUAUCUCAUUUACAACUCAAUUUGCUCAUAAGGUGCGUUAAUGCUAUGCAACUCUUUGGCAAAAUGUACUAAUAUAUCAGCAUUGUCACUUAAUCUCUAGUAAAUAAAAUAGUAUAUUUUUUUUAAUUGA